GACACGAAGGAGAAGCAGCUUCCUCCUCCGCAACCGCCAUUCCCCAUCGCCCCACGUCGUCGCCGUUCGCCAUCGCUCGACGCCACUCCCCCGUCGCCUGUCGCCAUAGUCGUCGUCUUCGGCGGCUCGUUCCCCGCUCCUGCCGGCGAGCGCAAUGGCCGGCCGGUGAGGUCUCCCUUCUCCCUUCUCCGGUCACGGCUACCUCUCCCCUGCAUCGACCCCUGCUGUCCAUAGACACUCUGCUUCCAGGUUUCUAAUAACCCCUGUUCUCCUUUUUCUUUCUACUUUCUAUUUGUCUUCCUCAUGUCUCUGUGUAUAUGAUAUCCAUAGAAUAGCGCUAUAGAUUUCCUCCUCUUGAUUCUAAUUUAGUCUGAAAGGCUGCGACUUUCUUGUUAAUUUGGCCGGUGUUAUUACUGUGUAUACUUGCUUUCUCUUUCGUGAGCUUUCCUUAUUACCCGUCUGCAUCACAUAGUCAUCAUGUCUUUUCCAUCUGUAGUAUACAUCUAGCUAACAAAGAAUGAGUUAAGGAAACUAGAAAUUGGUUCUGUUGUUGGUUGUCAAAUUUCAUGAACAAAUUGUAAACUGAUAAGAAUCACGAAAAAGAAAGAGUAACUUUUAGAUUGGGUAUUUGGGAAACUAAAUUUUCGAGAGUCCCUCAGGUACGUGCAAUGGACAAGAACAAAUUUCCAGUGAUGGGUAGCUCUCUACAUCAUUUCUGCUUUGCUUGUGUAAAUUACAUUUGUUCCAGGGGCCAGGUCCCUUUUUGUGUAGGAGUAGGAUUAUUGUCUCUCUAUGGGACUAACGGCAGAGUAAGAGUGAGAAAUAUAUUGAAGUUAAUUGUCUAUGGAAAAGAGUUGGGUGGGAACUGAAGAAAUGUCUACUAUUUAUAUAGAUGACUGUUUAUUAGGUACCGGUUCUCAAACGGUUUUUAAACGGUCUAAUGCCGGCUGGACCACUAAAGACCGAGCCGUUCACGUUAUCGGGUCAUACUCUGGUUCGGUUCUGACAACAUUGCUUUUUUCCUAUUUCACAGCGAUCGAUAUUACUUUACCGUAUCGUUUAUGAUCGGCAUCGAUAUUACUUCGCUGCAAGUUCAGAAUUUGAAGCUCCUUGAAGAAAGUUCGGAACCGAAAAUCCGGAAGGUAAUCUCGCCAUAGCCCGUAAGUGGCCUUGAAUGAUUAUUGAGACUCAGGAUUACAGAUUACUCCUCGCGCAAGAGUCCUGUCGCUUCCUUGGUUCGGUAUCGCUAAACGUGCUGUUGAGUGUUGACAAUUCAAAUUCUUUGAUAAGAUCGAAUUUGCCAUAAAACUGUGUCUGGAUUGGGCAAGGCCACUAAGCUCUAUGCUGCUGCUCCUCCCUUCCUGAAUCUGACCACUAUGCCGCCAUUUGCAGGCAUUUGCCGAAACACGUCUCAACGCACGCCAACUGUUCGACAAAAGACCUCUGUGACGACGAGCACAUGCAGAGGAGGCGAAUCGCUGAGUAUCUCCACCUAGAAAAACUGUGCACCCGUCUGAUCCAUCACCGCUUCUUCUGCGAUCCUCCAUAUGCCGACGUACCCAAGCCCCGGCGGGACAAAUCGGAGAGGAAGCCGUAUGUUACUCCCGUAACAGAGUUGAUUCGCCGGGCUAGGAAAGAGCGAGAAGCCAGAAAGGCACAUCCCGUGAGAAUGCUCGAGGACCCACCUCACAAUGGCUUGUUGGUCCCUGAACUCGUUCACGUCGCUCACCGGGUUUAUCUAGCUCGCGAGUCCCUCCUCUCUGGCGUUGCUAAGCUUCUCGCCUCCAUUCCCCUCCUCAUCUGCAAGUUCUGCCCCGAGGUUCACGUCGGCCGUGUUGGUCACGGGAUACGGACCUGCAAUGGCCCGGAAAGUAGCACGCGAAGCGCUACGCACGUAUGGAGGAAGGGAGGAGUCCACAAUGUGGUCUUCUUCCCCAAGUGUUUCCAUCUGCAUGACCGCGUUGGUAAUGCCAGAGUUACCCACAAGGAGAAGCAUCACGUUCCACGGAUCCCCGCCAUUUUGGAGCUCUGCAUCCAGGCUGGAGUCGACCUUGAUAAGUAUCCCACUAAGAGAAGGACCAAGCCUGUUUAUUCUGUGGAAGGCAGGAUUGUUGAUUUCGAGGAAGGAAUGAUGGAAGACGAUGAUGAGCAAAUGAUGACGACGGAGAAAAGAACCACUGUUGUUCGUUCUGAUUGUUGUUCUGUGCACGAUUUAGACUUGAAGCAAACAAGCACUGCGACGAUGGAAUCAUGGUUCCAGAUGUUAGCUGGAGUAAAAGAGUUGAUGGGUAAGUACAGUGCGUGGACGUGUGGUUUUUGCCCUGAGGUUCAGGUUGGUCCAAAGGGACACAAGGUGAGGAAUUGCAGGGCGACAAAGCACCCGGCUCGUGAUGGGCAGCAUGCAUGGCAGGAAGCAAGGAUCGAGGAUUUGAUUGGUCCCAAUUAUGUAUGGCAUGUGGGUAACUUGGAUGGGCCGCCAUUGGAGAAUAGCUUGAAGAGGUAUUAUGGGAAGGCUCCUGCGGUAGUGGAACUGUGUGUACAUGGUGGUGCGGCUAUUCCGGAUGAGUAUCAGAGUAUGAUGAGGGUGGAUGUGGUUCCUCCUGGCCGGGAUGAAGUUGAUAUUGUUGCUUGAUCUUAAUUGAUUGAUUGAUGUGUUUUGGGAAUUUGGAAUUGGAAAUGAAAUUCAGCGAAAAAUGUGUUUGGAAAUUUGUAUCGAAUACGGUUGUCGAUUCGCGGGUCGAUCCACUGAUUGGUCAUUUUGAUCUUAACUUGGUGAGAAAAAUGGGCCAUAUACAUCCAUCGAGUCGACCCGCUGCAAGGUUAUCGGGUUGAAGGUCACAUGGUGUCGUUUUUCCUUUAGUUUGUAAAAAUGCUUCUAUUUUUUUAGUUUUCCUUUUCGCCUAACCUUAUUUUUGUUUUGGAAUUCGAAGUUGAUCUUUUGAAUAUAUAUGUUAUAUAAGUGUGUGCAUAUAUAUGUUAUAUAAGUGUGUGCUAAUUCACUAAAUGUUGAAUCCAAGUAUGACAUUUUAUUUUAGUGUAAUGUUAUAUAUUAUUAUUCACAUGUUAGAUGAGAUUUAAUAUAAUUUAUAAAUGUAUGAACAAUAUAAUAAUUUUUUCAUACAACCUGGCUAAAUCGGACUAAAAUGGUUAGCCCAUUAACUCUCAACACACUUGUUCAAUCUGGUCAACGGCCUAAGCCUGGUUGAUAACCUUGGCAGCAAAAAAGAUAACUAAAAGUCGUUUUCUCAUUUUCCGUUUUGUAGUGAACUUGUGAUCAUGUUGGGGGAUUUGUGUCUGUUUAGCUUCUGCUGCCAGAUUACAACAAAAGAAUGUAAUUAAGGCAAUGGCUUAUU